AUGGAUUUAUAUGCUAAUAUAGAGGGAAAUGUACAGAACAAACUUCAGAACUCAGGAUUUGCUCAACAGGUUGACGAAUCAACUGACAUUAGCAACAAAGUACAACUACUUACAUUUAUUCACUUUAUUGAUGGUAGCCAAAUCAUAAAUCAAUUCUUUUGUUGCGAAGAAAUGCCACUCACUACAAGAGGUCAAGAUAUUUUUGACAUUUUAUCUGCCUACCUCGAAAAAUGGAAUUUAUCUUGGAAUUCAAGUGUUGGAAUAUGUACCGAUGGGGCACCAUCUAUGAUAGGCUCUAUUAAAAGUUUUGUAUCUCUCAUACAAUAG